AUGCCAAGUGGGGAACGCAAUCAAGAUGGGGUGCUCCUGUUCCCGCCGCUGUCCAGCCGCCUGCGCUACCUGAUCCACCGCACCGUGGAGGACGCGGCCGCGCUGAGCAGCUUCUCGGUCGGCGAAGGAUGGAGGAGGAGGACGGUCAUCUGUCACUCGGCCAUAAGCCUGAGCACAGCAGAAGAGGAGCCCAAGAGCUGUGACAAUCCCCUUGAGCUGGAAGGGGACGAAGCCCCGGGCCAGCCGCAAGCUCCAGACCAAAGCAGCAGCGCUGGCACCAAGGACACGUCCCCGUCACGCGGCAGCGGCGGCAGCACCGACAUCUCCGCAGCAGAGCCUGGGGCGGCCUUGCUGGCACUGGAAGCCCAAGAUAAGAGCUGCGCCGAUGCCGAGAUACUGGAGAGCGGCGAGAACCCAGCAGCGCCCGAGGAGCAGAGCCAGGACGCGAGCGCCGGCGCGGCGGAGCGCAGCCCGAGUCCUUCCGCACGGGAAGCCCAAGGGCGAGACUGCGCCCGGGUCUCCCCACACGAGCAAACCCUGGAAGCCCAGGAGCUGAGCGCGCCCGAUGCUGUCCACGAUGAGGACCCAUCCGCUCCCGACACCCAGAGCCAGACGGAUGCCCCCGUGCUGAGCCCGGAGAGAAGGGGAUCCGCGCUGGAAGAGGGGCACGAGGAGCGCUCGGGCUUGGCCGACGCGCUGUGGCGCGAGCUGCGGGUGUCCGCGGGCGACACCGGCGCGGAGAGCGCGGCCGGGCACGAGCAGGAGGACGGCUUCGAGGACGACUGCACCGCCGAGCUCUUGGAAGAGAUUGCAGCUCAUUUAACUGUGAAGGACAUAAGCGUUGAGAAGAUCAGUUUUGAUUAUUCCAGUUACGGAGAAGCGCAGCUCAGCGAAGGCGACUUCAGCCACGUAGUAGAAAUCUAUGACUUCUCCCCAUCGCUGAAAACGGAGCACCUGAUGGAAAUAUUCUCCGACUUCCACGAGAGCGGGUUCAAAAUCCAGUGGGUUGAUGACACGCACGCCCUGGGCAUCUUCUGCAGCGUGACAGCAGCUUGUCAAGCCCUGGGACGAAGAUACCCGUCUUUAAAGAUCCGACCAUUGAUCCAUGCCACAAGGCAGUCUAAAACUAAGGCCCUUCAGCGACCAAAGCUGCUCCAGCUGGCCAAGGAGAGGCCGCAGACGGACACGGCCGUGGCCAGGGAGCCGCAGGGGAGCCCAUAA